GGGAGUCCCGAUCCCGCCCCCCGUGGGCGUUUUGGGGCCAAAUCCCCACAAAUCAGCUGCGGGCUGGCGGAACAUUGGUGCGCGGAACGUUCGGGUCGUGGCGCCGCGUUCCCGCCGGAGCUGUUCGCGGCCGGAGCGGUCCCCCUGCGGCAGACUCCUCCAGCCCGGCCAUGCUGCUCCCCCUGCUCUUCCCCCAGCUGUGCCGGCCCCUGCGCUGCCUCCCGCGGGACCUGUCCCGCUGCACGGGGCACGGCACGAGGGCUGGCUGUCCCCACAGGGCCCUGCACACAGCCCGGGCCACCUGCAGCAGCGACGUCACCCCUGUGUUCACCAGGGCCCUGGCCUUUGGGGACAAAGUGGCCAUCGUGGACCGGAACGGGGAGCACACCUACAGGGAGCUGCUGAGCCGCAGCCUGCGCCUGUCCCAGGAGAUCUGCAGGCUCCUGCAGUGCCCCAGCAGGGACCUGGAGGAAGAGAGGAUCUCCUUCCUGUGCCCCAACGAUGCCUCCUACGUGGUGGCCCAGUGGGCUUCGUGGAUGAGCGGGGCCAUAGCGGUGCCCCUGUACAGCAAGCACCCGCUGCCCCAGCUGGAGUACGUGAUCCAGGACUCCCAGAGCGCCCUGCUCAUCGCAGCCGAGGAGUUCCUGGGGAAAAUAACCCCCAGUGCCCACAAACUGGGAGUCCCUGUGCUGCCCCUUGCCAGGUGUGGUGGUGGUGCAUCCACCAGCCCUGCAGCCACGGAGGAGGGGCCCUUGCCAAGCUGUUCCUCGUGGAAGGACAGAGGAGCCAUGAUCAUCUACACCAGCGGGACCACGGGGAGGCCCAAGGGUGUCCUCAGCACCCACGAGAACGUGCAGGCUGUGACCACGGGGCUGGUUGAGAAGUGGGAGUGGAAGAAGGAGGAUGUGAUCCUGCACGUCCUGCCUCUGCACCACGUCCACGGGGUGAUCAACAAGCUGCUGUGCCCGCUGUGGGUGGGAGCCACGUGCGUCAUGUUCCCGGAAUUCAGCGCACACACGGUGUGGAAGAAGCUCCUGAGCUCCCAAGCUCCCCGUGUCAAUGUGUUCAUGGCAGUGCCCACCAUCUAUGCCAAGCUGAUGGAAUAUUACGACGAGCACUUCACCCAGCCCCAAGUGCAGGAUUUCGUGCGUGCCUUUUGCCAGGAGAACAUCAGGUUAAUGGUGUCAGGCUCAGCAGCCCUGCCCGUGCCUGUCCUGGAGAAGUGGAAGAGCAUCACGGGGCACACCUUGCUGGAGAGGUACGGGAUGACUGAGAUUGGGAUGGCGCUUUCUAACCCUUUGCAUGGAGUCCGUGUCCCAGGCUCCGUGGGCACCCCGCUGCCCGGUGUGGCAGUGCGCAUCGCCAGCGAGACCUUCAGGGACGGCACUCGCUCCUACACCAUCCACGCCCAGGGGGAUGAAAACAGCACCCAGGUGACCCCUGGCCAGGAGGGGCAGGAGGGGGAGCUGCUGGUGAAGGGCCCCUCGGUGUUCCGCCAGUACUGGAACAGACCCAAGGAGACCGCGGAUGCCUUCACGCCCGACGGAUGGUUCCGGACAGGAGACACGGCAGCAUACAAGGAUGGAGUGUACUGGAUCAAGGGCCGCACCUCUGUGGACAUCAUCAAAAAUGGGGGGUUCAAAAUCAGCGCCCUGGAGGUGGAACGGCAGCUCCUGGCACACCCCCACAUCACAGACGUGGCGGUGAUCGGGCCCCCGGACGCGGUGUGGGGACAGCGGGUCAGCGCCGUGGUGCGGCUGCGCCGGGGACAGAUCCUCUCCGUCAGGGACCUGCGGGACUGGGCCAGGGCCACCAUGGCUCCCUACGCCAUCCCCACAGAGCUGAUCGUGGUGGAGGAGAUCCCGCGCAACCAGAUGGGCAAAGUCAACAAGAAGGAGCUUCUGAAACGCUUUUACCCAGCCUAGUGCCCACCCGGGGGUCAUCCCUGGCAGCUCUGGGCUCACUGCAGCCCAGUCCUCGAAUCAUGUCCAGUAAAAGUAGGAUUUGUCCCUCCUGGCUGAGCUGAGCCAGAGCUGCACAGUUGGGGUUUCCUUGUGGGGAGCCCUUUGCAGGAAUCACAGAAUGGGUUGGAUUGGAGGGGACCUUAAAGUCCAUCCAGUCCCACCCCUGCCAUGGGCAGGGACACCUCCCACUGCCCCAGGGUGCUCCAAGCCUCGUCCAGCCUUGGACACUUCCAAGCUCUGGGCACCCUGUACCAGGACCUCUCCAGCCUCACAGGGAGUGAUUUCCCAGCAGAAAUGAAGAAUAAAUCCAAAAUCACACAUAAA